AUGAACAAGAAAAAAGUGCAUAAGCUGAGCCAGUUCUCACGGAAUUUUGUAUGUCUUCAUAGGUAUCGUGGUUUACUCCAAUUUAACUGUGGAGAAUUAUGUCCAGCAACCAUACGAUGGAUGGGUGAGAGUGUACUUAUGUCCGUCGUAUCGUCGCCAGGAAUUACGUUAAAGGAAAUAUGCUUCCGCCUCGAGUUCGCUUUGCAAGCUGCCGCAGUGCACGAUCUGGUGACUGUUCUAAAAGAAGCAGGAUGCGUACAAGAAGUAGAGGAAGUUUUUGAAAAUAUGACGUUGUCGUCACCUUUUCAAAAACAGUACUCUGAGGAGGUCAUUGUAUAUCUUCUUCCCGUUGCUGGCUGUUUCGAAACAUUUGCCAGAAUAUUUGGCGGUUAG